UGCUAAAAUUAAAAAAAAAGCGUUGCAUUAAUUGGAUUGACUCCAAAUUUAUUUUUGUUUAAAAAAGUGGACAAUUUGUUGUUGUGUUAGACUUCGAAAAAAUAGUGAUUCCGAGUGAAAAAAAAAACGCGGAAAUGCAAAAUUUCAUAAAAUUACAAUAAGCAUAUAAAAACAGAAGAAAAAAAAAGAAAGGGUAUCAUAUUUUGCCUUUUUAUAUAGAAAGGUUAAUGUUGUUACAGAUGAGUCAUACUUAAAGGUAUUUUCAUCUCGUGUGCAUUCUUAUCUUGUUGAAUGUUGAAAAUUCAAAUCCGAAAAUAAGAAAAAAAAAUUGAGAAUAAUAGUUUAAAAGAAGAAUUUUUUUUAUUUUAUUCAGUGAACGUUUCUUUUGGAAGUGAACGUUUUUUUUUUUCAUAAUAUUACUGAGUUUAUUUAUUUAGUGUUAUUUAUGUAAUAAUAUAUACACUGACAUAAUUAAUUUAAAAAAAUUUUUGAUUUCGUGUUCCUGAGGAGUUUUUAUCUGAAACCGUGGCAGCAAUCAGAAGAUUUUGGUCGCAAAAAGGAAAUACGUCAACAUUUAUAUAAAUUACGUGAAUCUAGAUUGUGUGGUUAUUAUACAGAACCGUCAACUACAACAACAAUAAUACCUGAUACAGCAGGUGAUUUUAAUAAAAAAGAUCAUUUUAUUAAUAACAAUAAAAAUUGUAAAACAACAUCAUCAAAUUACAUCAUAAUGGAUGGUGUAUCACUAGCUGAUCAAAGCUAUCAAAGCUUUAAAAAUAAAGAAAUUCGUGAUUCUGAAAGUCCAACCGGUGAUGGUGGUUUUGUUCAAAAAGCAAUGCGCAACAUAAAUAGUAAUGAUGGUGUUAUAAAACCAAAUACAUCUGGUUGGAAUAUAACAUCAUCAUCAACAGUUAAUCCUGAUGGAUCUGGGUAUAAGAAUGAAUCAUUGGCAACAACAGAAGGUUCACGAAAAAUAGCCGGUGGUCAACAUGAAUUUGCUGGUAUAAAUCAGCAUAUGGAGAAAGCUUCACAUUAUGGUGAUGAUAAAAACUUUGUUAAAUCAGCUGCCGAAAGUUCUAAUACUAAAUUACAAGAGUCCACGGUAGUUGGUGAUGAAAAAUCUGGUCGUAUUGAGAAAAAAUCUAGUACCGUAGUAUCAUCAUCAUCAAAAUCAUUUUCUCAAAAACAAACCACUUCCGGUAACAUGGGUGAUUUUGAUCCAAAUUUAUUUGGAAUUGAUAGGCCAUCUGGUCAAUUUCCCGCUAUAUUAGAAAGGCGUGAUUCAACACAGUCAAAUGCCACUGAUUAUUCGACAAGAUCAAACACAAAUCAGUCGUUAAAAGAAAAAUUAGCAAUGACAAGACAAAAUGUUGAAAGUCGAUCGACUUCUUCGAUACGUGAAGAAGAAUUUCACCACCAAACACAAUCUAAAACAUCUUCAUCUAAAACAAAUCAACAACAGCAAAUAGACCAACAAGAACAGCAGCAACAUAGACAUUAUGAAAUUGGUGGCAAACAUCACUUACGUGAAACCGAUAACUAUGAAAGAGAACAUCAAAGAUAUCAAGAUGAAUUGGAACGGAAAUUAGCUCAAGAAAUUUCUCAACAACAACGGCAUCAUAAUGAACAAAAAAGUAGUAGUACUACUACAGAACAUGCUACUAGUCACCAACAACAUCAUCAGCAAAAAAUUUUGAGACAAUCUGAAAAUAUUUCGAGAGAAGAACAGCAGAAACAGCAUAUUAGUAAACAGCAAAAUACCACCUCAGCAAUUGAUGGUAUUGAUGAACGUUAUUUAACUAAGUAUACUGAUAAUACUGGUACUACUAUUAAAAAAUCAGGUGUCAUUAAUAAAGAUAGUCCACCAGAACUACAAGCUCAAUUUGAAAAAUUGAAGGCGCAACCUGGUCGUAUCAUAUCUGAAGAAAUAUCUUACCCAAAGCCAGGUGUAAAAAUGAUUACGACCAAAAAGGAAUUAUCUGAUGGUACCGUAGUCACAACACGUGAUUAUGAAACUAAGACACCAAAUGAAAGAGUUGUUCAAGAAAAGGUGAUUGCGGGAAAUACUGAGCGCUCUCAACAUGUUAAGUAUAAUACAAAUACGGAAAAAACUGAUCGGCAAUUUACAAAAAGCAUAGAUCAAAGAAAUCAACAAAUUUUACGCAACACUGAUGCAACUGAUUCAUCAGAUCGUACCAGUUCAACAAGAAAUAGGGAUGUCACUGAUCAUUCUAGGGUCAGACAUGACGAUUACGUUGAAAAGAUCAGAGAUGCUGUUGAAACACUAGAUAUAAAUAAAACUGUUAAAAAAGACUUAAGUAGAACAAUGCGUGAUGAAAACUUAACGCAAGCGGAUUUUGUUGAAACUGAUCGCGGAUGUGUAUUAAUUGAUCGAAAUACUGGUCGCCCAGAGCGGUAUACAACAUCUGAUGUUUGCGAUCGUAAUGCUGCUUUAAGAGAAGAACGUCAAGAAUAUGAAUAUCAGACAAAAGACGUUCGACAGCAAAAGUUCGUAAGAGAAGAUGAUACACAGAGUACACAUGGUUUUCCGUCUCAAAGAGUACCAGAUGAAAAUCGUCAUCCUGGAGAAAAAAUUCAUAAAAUUUAUAAAGAUGAAGACGGUUUUCGUGGAACGCAUGGUUUCCCUUCAGCUCGCAGUCCUGAUACGAAAUCUCAAUAUUCAACAUCAAGUACUACAAAAGAACACUAUGAGCAAACCACUCGUAGUAAUCAACAUGAUGAAGAUUUUCGUGGCACACAUGGAUUCCCAUCGGCUCGCACUCCAGGAGACAGCGGAGAUCAUAUAACGAGACGCUCUGAUUUCGCAGACCAAUAUCCACAAAAAUCAACACCCAGAGAUGAUGAUUUCUUGGGAACACACGGAUUUCCUUCCACGCGUGAACCUUCUGGAAGAUAUUCGCCAUCUGUAUCAUCAGAACUUUCCGAACAUUAUGAAAAGCGCACACAAAAAACUGAUGAAUCAUUUUUGGGUACACAUGGUUUCCCAUCAGCUAGAGCACCAGAUGAUCGUCCUUAUGACAGACAACCAACAUCACCUGGGGCAAAAUCUAAGCAACCAGUUGGGCCAGAUUUUCGUGGCACUCAUGGAUUUCCAUCAGUUGCAGUUGACAAAAAUGAAAGACAAACCCGUGUGGAAACUCAACAACAACAGUUUACAACUCAGAGUACAGUGAAACAUGUUGAUGCUGCUCAUGAAGCUUUUGCCCGUUCGUUACGUUGUGUUUCACCAAUUGAUAAUACAAGGCGCGGAAGUAAUGCAAGCCAAAGAUCUUAUCGAACUAAUACUCAUGGAUCUACAAGAUCUCAUGACAGUCCAGCGCGAGAAAGAUCCGUCCUUUCCGAUUCCAGUCAUGUGAGUUCAGGUACGGUAACAAAAGGAACAACAACCCGCACUCCAACUAAACACCAUUCAAAGGAAGUACAUCACUCAAAUGAAACAAUUGAUUUGCCCUCUAAAACCAUACACACAAAAACAACAACAACAAAAGCUACAUCACACGAUGCAACACCAGGAUUUACGAGGUACUCGCCAACAACAUCCCCAGAACGUCGUUCUACUAAGACAAUUCCCAAUGCCGCUAAUAAAACAAGUCCAGAAAAUAAAUCGAAAACAUCAAAACCUAUUGAUAAAGGGACUUGUAUGACCACCUCAACAACUACAAAAAUAACUACUAAAACAAUACGAAAUGAAAGCCCGCAAAAUAAAAUUGACAAAGAACAACCAACGAAAUCGUCAUAUCCCACAGAUGAAAAACGCUCCGAGUCACCAAUUAAUCAUGAGAUCGAUGAUGAACGAAACUUAAAUCGAAAUACAAGAUCCAACACCUCAAGAAGAAUAACAAAAAAUAUUGAUAACACAGAAGAAAUUCAAUCGAAUAUUACAAAAAAAACUAAAUCUUCUCCGACUAGAAAUCAAAGUCCGAGUAAAAGUCCUGCGUAUGAUUCACCAAAAUCAUCAAGAAAGUCAUCACCUACAAAACAAGGUCCAACUUCGAGAGAACCAUCUCCUAAUCAAAAACCAACAUCAACAAAAAAAGUUUCAACAAUAACAACAAAAACUAAAACUACGAAGGGUUUUGAUGAUAAAUUGAGAAAACCUGAACGACAACCAUCGGAACCGGAAUUCGAAUUAGAUUCGCCAGGCUCUGGUUAUACAACAAGUGAUUUUGAAUUUGUUCGUGUGGAUGAUACUGAAGUUCAUAAUACCCAUAGAACGGAAACUAAUUUUAAUCACUCAAAGCACUCAGCACAACCAGUCAAAAAGGCAUCAACUUCUCCGCACGAGUCAGGAUCAAAACACUCCCCACAUUUAACAAGAAAAACUACUGAAAAAACUUUCGAAACUAGUUCAAAAUAUUCUCCACAACCAGUCCAAAAAUUUCCAAAUAAACCAAAAGAUAUUGAUUUUACACAUUCUCCACAAUUAACUAGAAAAAUUCCUAGCAAGCCGCAUGAAAGUGGUUCUCCAGAACGAAAUAGAAAAUUUCCAGAAGACUCCAGACAGCUGUUUGAACCAUCUAGGGAUGAUUCAGAGUACGGUCUAGAACCUUCAAAAGGAUACCCGGAAAUCGAAACUGGCCCUGAAAGUUCAGAACCAACAGAGAAACCACAAACUGACAAAUUAUAUAGAAGUGAUUCUAGCUACUCUCCUCAGCCAACUAGAAAAUCGCCAGAAAAAACUCAUUCAAAACAAUCUCCAAAUUCAACUCGUAAGUCUCCAGAAAAAACUAUAUCUACAAUUGGAUCAACUUCAACAGGUUUUACUAAAUCUCAAAAAACUGAUAACGCUAUUUAUCGUGAUAGUAGUCCACAAAGGCGCAAACCAUCAGAGCCUUCUAAAGCGUAUAUUGAAGAUGAAUCUGAACCAGAGAAUGAACCGGCUUACCAUGACACAACUGAAUUCAUUGUUUCAGAAACGACUGAUACUCAGGAUGGUAUUAUUGAAAGUAAACAGACCCAGCAGAAAACUGAUACGUUUACAAGACAGAAAAAAACACAGGAAUUUAUCGAUUCUGAACGUUUCGAUGCUGAGUUUCCACAAUUUGAUCGUGAACCUUCACCAAUAAAUGAAAAUAUUAGACCACGAUCUACAUCAAAGGAUUAUCAAGCGGAAAUUGAAAAAAUUACACAAACAUCUCCAGGUACGAGGAAAUUCCCACAACAAAAUGAUAAACCCGAAAAAAGCGAUUAUUAUAAAGAAAUGCAAAAAAUUACAAACGACACGACGUUCAUUGAUGAAACAAAUGUGAAAUCUUCAAAUAUUGUAAGUGAUCAUAUAACAGACGAACAUAAUAGAAGAACAUAUGUAACUAGAGGAGAUAUUCCAAUAGAACCUGAUGAUGAAGAGGAACCCAGGCAACCAUUUUUCUUGAAAGAACCAAUAAAUGUCGAUGAAAAUGUUCAUGAACCAACGGGAAGCAAACCAAAAGGUUUGGAUACGAUCGCAACUAACGACACAGAGUCUAAAAAUGAAUAUCCAAAAGAAAUACCUAAAUCAAAAACUCCGUUUACUCGAAGUGAAACCUUUGAAGAACGUUGUCGUCAAAUGUUAGGUAUAAGUGAUACUUCAGAGAAAACGACAUCUAAAAAGCAUCAAAAGACAACCGAAUUCAUAACUAACGAGCGUCGUUACCAAGAUUCAUUUUUAAAUCGUAAGAGCUCUAGUUCAUCCCCAGUGCCAUCACCGAGAUCAACCAGCCCUCAAAAGAUGAGGGAUUCUGAUGUCAAAAUAACUGUAACAACAACUGAAAACGUAACUAAAACCAAUUUCUUGGAGAAAGAAUCAUAUUCAGACGUUGAUUCAAUAAAAACACGUUCAGCCAGUCCAAGUCCAGUACGACGUUCUAAGGCACCAACUCGUGAAACUUCUCCUUCUCAACGACCUGAUCACCCAGAAGUUUCGCUUCAAACAGUUACAAAAAAAUCAAAUACUGAUUCUCUUAAAGAUACUUAUUCUUCAUCACCAUACGAUUCCCCAUAUUCGAGAUCCCCAGAUUCAAGUCCAAUACGAAGACCAGGAACAGAUUCAGCUUAUUCACGUUCACCAGAUUCUAGUCCAGUGAGAGAGCAUAUAAAGACGAUACAAACUACAACAGUUUAUGAAAAAACUAAACCUACAUCGAAAGAAACUAGUCCAGUUAGAUCUUCCAAAACCACCAAAACCAGAACUACUGACAAAGAAAAAAUUUCUCUAACAACAAAUAGUUACGAAAUAAGUACACAAAAAAGAAAUCAAUCUCCCGUACAGCCAAAACACAUUACAACUGCGAGAAUAGAAAUUUCUCCAACAUCAGUUCGAAAAACUCUUUUAGAAAAAAAUACGUCCCCAACACGAAAGCCCACUGAAUCAAGAAAACCAUAUGAAACAUCUCCCACAAGAAAACCAAUCGAUACGUCGCCUACGAGAAGGGCUCCGAUUUCGCAUAAGCCUUAUGAAAGUUCACCAACCAGAGAAUCGACUAAACCUAGUAAACCACAUGACAAUUCACCAGGAAAAACUUCACCUAGGCCCAGUCCUUUUGAUAGUUCGCCAACAAGAAAAACCACUGGACCAAAUAAAAGGGAAGAAUCACCCUUGAGAAAGUCUACAGAGUCAACCAAACCAUAUUAUGAGUCUCCAACAAGAAAGACAACUGAAUCGAGAAAGCAAUAUGAUGAAUUUCUUACAAGCAUAUCCGAACCUAUCGAACCCAAUUUCGAAACUCCGAUAAAAAUUCAUACUGAACCUUUAAAACCACUUGACAAUUCAACUACUGCACAGCUCCAUGAAAUGAGAAGACCACGCUAUGAAUCUCCAACAAGAAAAUCAACAGAGCAAACGUCAACUACCAGAAAUAAACUUCAUGAGGUAACGAAGGGAACGACAAGUAUAACAAGUUCACGGAUAAUAAAUAAAGGUCCUUCUCCUUCAAAAGAUUCCCCACGGAAGCCCAAAGAAAAAGAAAUUGCCACAAAACCUACAAUUCGUAAAAAAAUCGUAAAACGGGAAUCUUUGACAACUGAUAAAAUUACUAGGGGUGACAUUGAGGUCGACGAGUCAGAUGUAUUAAGUGACGAUGAGAAUAUUCUAAUUAUUGAAACUACGUCUAAAGUUACAGAUACAAAAAAAUCCACACCAGCGAAGAAAUAUCCUGUUACAGAACGGAAAGAAUCAGCCCCAGUAAGUCGGACUACGCAAAUAGAUCGGGAUACCAAGUUUACACGCUCAACAAGUGACAACAUUUUCAAAACCAGUGCGACAAAAAGGACUUUAAAUAGAUCAAACGAAACUCCUAAUAAAACAAAGCCAGUUGAGUCCCCUAAACUAGUAAAAAAGCAACCAUCUGAUCAAAAGAGAGAUAAGAAUGAAAAGAGACCAAGUAAAUGUUUAACAACUAAAACUAUCAAUCUAACAACAGCUAAUAAUAUCCUCAACAGUGAGGAAAUGGAAAAUGUUGUAAUUGAUAUUCAACAAGCAAAAAGUAGUCGCGAACCUUCACCUAAUAAAAUUGUUCCAGUGCCAGUUUCUGCAAGCGCUGACGACGAUCAUGACGGUUUCCCAAGAUAUCCAGAUGAGGUUCAAGAGCCUGAAGAUUCAAGACGUACUCCAAAAGUUCGUAAUAUUCCAAUAUUUCAAGAAAGCCUCAACGAUUUUGUCGGUUGCCAAAUAACAGAAAUCAAAGAAACUGAUGAUUGCAUAAUAAAUGAAAGACGUCAGCAAAAUAUAAAUGUAACUGAAGAGGAUAAUUUUACGAAAAAUUCAAAAAUGAGAGAUACAAUCCGAACAUCAGCAACUAUUGUCGAUGAUAAAGUUGAUGAGAAUUGUUUACUGAGUGUUCAUGAGAAAGUUCAUAAGUUCAUUAAUACUGCAGAGGAAAUUAAGAAACCAAAAACAUCCUCGCCAUUCAAGCGUGAUUUACAGGAAAAAGAACAAUAUCCGGUUGAUGAUGAAUGUCUUUUAAGCGUUAACGAUAAAGUUAAUAAAUUCCUUUCAACAGCUGAAAAAGUAACCAAAGAUGUGAUAACAUCUUCUGGAAAGCGUGUAGUUCAGCGUUUAAAUGUCGAUGAAAUUGAUGAAAAUUUAAGGAACGAUGAAUGUGUUCUAAGCGUUUCUGAAAAGGUGAACAAAUUUAUUAAUACGGCCGAACGUCUAGUUGAAUCCGUACCGCAAAAAUCACCUAAUUUGGUUGCACAAAUCGAUCGUCAAAUAUCGAAACAAAGUGAGGAUGAAAGAAAUUUCGAACCCAUCAAGAAACAACCUUACGAACCGGUUGCAACUUAUAUACCCAAUGGAUCUCCUUAUGAUCAUGAAGAUUAUUCAAAAACUAAAAAAGGUGAGCCAAAAUACCCAAGGGACCGAUCAACAAGCCCAAUAACUAAACCACAGAAAAGUAAACCUUCACAACCUAGAGGAAGUCUUAUAAGUAAUGAAAUUACAGUGAACAAAACAGUUACUCAGAAAAGUAAAGUAACGGAUAGAUAUGCUCCAAAUAAACCUAAAGAAAUCACCAGAACAACGUCUAAGCCAGUGAUCAAAACUACGGAAACUGUGCGUAAGGCUAAAUCUGUUUUUGAAAAUGGUGAUGUAAAAACAACAAGUAGAACUACUACUUCAACAUCAAAUAAUUCAAAGCAACGUGAUAUUAUAUCGAGGCCAUCCGUUUUUGAGGCAAAAAGAAAUCGGGAGCCAUCGGAUGUCAAAUUAAAAGACAUUGGUGUCAGAAAAACUACUAAAGAAAACGAUUUAAAUCGUCCGGAACCGAAAUUGAAAGACGACAGACCACACAAAACAAAACCUGUUUCUUCAUUUCAGUCAACGAAAAAUUCCGUAACAGAUUCAGUGUCAUCCCGUAAAAAUGUAUUCGAACAAUGCACAAUACUCUCAACCAAUGAUAUUGGCUCAGCCGCUUUAGAGGUUACUGAACGUCUGAGUAAAUCAACACCUCGUCGCAAAUCAGGUGCUGAGUCUCCAACAAGACGAACAGUUCCCGAAUCGCCACACCGAAGGCAACCAUCAGCGGAAUAUUCAAGAAAACCAGCUAUUGUUACAGAAGCUACUGUGACAACAUCAACAAGAAAAGUGCAAUCACCAGCAAAAUUCAAUAACGCCGAGGAUACUGAUGGAUAUGUAGACAAAUCUAAAACAACAUCCCAGAAAAAAGUACCACUCUUAUCCAAAUCUCCCACCAGAGAUGGUCAAGACUCCCCAAUCCCAGCAACAAAAAAAGUUUUUGAAUCAAAUACGGAAUAUAUAGAUGAAUAUACUGACAAGUAUCAAAAGGUUGAAAAAAAUCACUAUAGCAGAAAAGAUUCAUCGUCAACAAUAUCAACAAAAAAAAUAUCAGAUAAAAAUGAACAGUAUGACACAGAUACGAUGGUAAGUAGGAAACCAACCGAUUCAAUACUGAGUGAUUUAUCUCCUCAAGGAAUAAAACCUGUUCGUGAGGAAACAUUUACGACUACAACAACAACAACUCGACGUGGCGACGAAUCUCCAUCUGUAUUAGCACGAAAGAAUAUUUUUGAAAGUCCAGACGUGAAGUUAAAUGGGUAUAGUAGCCCCAUACAGAAACCUUCAUAUAUGGAUCAUACAAAAUCUUCUUUGGAACAUAUUCGUCGUGAUUCACUUGAAAUUAAUCGUACCAAUUAUCAAAGAAAAACAUCAUUUGAUGAAGAAACUUUUGAAAAUAAUCCUAAGUCUGCUGUGAAGUUUGGCGUUCAUUUAAAACAUAACGCAUCAGAAUAUAAACCUAGACGAAAGAGCAGUAGUUCCGAAAUACCUCACAUUGAAGAAAUAUUUGAUUUAGAAUUACUCGAGCAAAUGUUAAGCACGGUCGUCGGUUAUGAGCAAAGGCGGCGUAUCCGAAGUCAAAUAAGAAUUGUAAAAAAACUCAUUGAGCAAAAAAAGCGCGAAGAGACACAAAUAGCGUAUAUUCGUGAGACAUCUCCAGCAAGGCGUUCGACACCUUCUUCGCCGAGAUCACCGUCACCUACCAUUCGUGUUACAACGAGAAGACGUGAAGAUAUUACAAAAAAAAGCGAGGAAGAACAAGUAGCUUAUAUAAGGGAAACUUCGCCUGCUCGAAAAAGUCCAGUUCGCGAACAAACUCAAAAUACUCCACGUCGAGAUGCCACGAAAAAAAGCCCAGUACGCAAUGCCACUAAAACAACUUCCAUUCACGACGGGCGACAAACGAGUCCGGUACGAGAGUCAAGAGUUGAAAGAACGAGCCACAAAGAAAAGUAUUCGAAAGGAAGCAGUAAUACUAAUUUCAUAGAUCAUGAAUCGAAGCAUAUAGAAAAACAUGAAUCUUAUACUCGGGAACGUAGUAUCAGCCCAAAAUCUAAAGUAAAAACCGUUACAACAAUUACUGAAAUCAGAAAAGUAGGUGGCUCCAAUAUCCCAGAUAAAUCAAUUACAACUAAAAAAGUGGUUCAAAGUAAUACAAAUGAAAAACCUAUUUGGGCAACAAAAAAUAUUUUAAAGAAAGCAAGUGAAAGUGAUAGAAGUGCAAAAGUUGGCACAACAAAGAAAAUUCAAAGUAGUUCUACAACAAGAACAUCUCAUACGCAACAGAAGGAUAAAAAAGUUUCCGAUGAAGACGUAAUUACGUCAAGCUAUGGUAUUGGACCAACUGAUGAAGAUGGAAGACCUCUAUUUGGGUUACGUGCUUUGAAAACUAAAAAGCCUGCUGAAAGCAGCAAAGUCACUGGAACCAUAGUUAGCGAAAGUUUCUAUUCUGAGAAUGGCCAUGCUCCAGUUGGCGAACGAAAAAUUACAGUAUAUUCCACAGAUCCGAAUGAUAUCGAUGAAUAUGAAGCAAACUAUGACAAUAAAACAAGAAGUGAUUCUAUAAAGAGGGAAAGUUGCCAAAGAGAUGGCCUAACCAGCGUUACAAGAACCCAGAAGUUUGGCGAUGGAAAUAAAUUCGAUACUAGAGAUGUUGAAUCUCUCAAUGACACAAUAGAAUUCGAUGGUAGCACUAAAGUUCGACGUGGAUCUGUUAAGGAGAUGAGUGAAAAAUUUAUACGUAAAGAAUCAUCUUCAUCAGUUACAGAAAAAACUAGUUCGUCGUCUUAUCCAAAAGCUGGUUUGAUUUUAAGAACCAAAACUAAAGAGUCUUCUCCAACUACUUCACGUUAUAGAGCUGGAUCUUAUGAAGACGAAGAAUACGAAAGUGCUGGACAUGAAUAUGAAUCAUCAACAACACGUCAUGAAUCAAAAACACGUUCAAUUCAUGAAAGUGAAAGUGAAACCGAAUCAAUUAAAAUUUCAAAAGCAAAAAGUUCAACAUCCACUCGUUCAUUUCUGGAUAGUUCAGGAAGCAAAGUGACUGGUGUUAACGAUGUACUAGAACGGAUGCGAAAUGCUGACAACAUUGUUCAAGAUGGCGAUUCAAUGGAAGACCGUGAAGCUAGGGCUCUUUUAAAUAAAUUUCUUGGUGCCAGUGUACUUAUGAGUGGCGUUGAAUCAAUGAUGCCAGCUCAAGAAGUCGUUACAACAAGAGUUACUAAAAUUAAUACAGAACCAGUUAAGGAAGUGGUGAAGACAACACGUGUUACGAAAACAGUCAAAUCCGAAGGUAACUCCUCAACACCAGUUUCUUUUGGAACUUCUGAUAUCGAGGAGGUUUGGGACGAAGAAUAUUUAAAAGAGUUGCUUGAGCAAUCUACAAGUUACGAAGAACGUCGCAAAAUCCGUGCACGUAUUAAGCAACUAAUGGCGGAACGCGAAGCUUGUGCUGAUAUUGUAGCCAGUGUAAAAGCUGAGCUGGAAAAUUCGCAAGCAACAAAAAAACCACCACAAUUACAGCAUCAAAACUCAAGAAAAACUACUGGAAUUGUAGAAGUUGAAAAUAAUGAUUCUGAUGAUGACAGCAGUGUCUACGAAGAAAUAAUUGAAGAAAUUGAAGUGACAGAUACUGAUGGCAGUGACAAUGAUAAUGGUGAUGAAGAUGACACCGAUAAAAAUAAAAAUAUUAAAUCAGUAACGACGACCACAACAAAAAAAGUUGGUUGCGGUAAUAAUAAAACUGAAACAGUUGUAACAACAACUAAAUUUGUUGAAAAAACUAAACCAAAAACCGAAAUUGUUAAAACUGUUAUUAAAACUGAACCAUUACGAACAAGUGUAACACCCACUAAAACAACGACUACAACUUCAACAAAAGAAACUCUCACAAAAGAAGCAACACCAACUAAAAUAACAGCUGAAACAAAAACAACAAAGGACACUGAUAAUAAACAAGGUAAAAAUAAAAAAUAUAUUACAGAAACAGACAAUAUAAUUGUUGAACGUGUAGUUAGUGAUAACAACGAUAAGAGUAACAAAAUAAAAAGUACAAGUGAUAAACAAAAGAAAAAGGAAAAGGAAGAAGAAAAACAACAACAUAAAAACGAAGAAAUAGAAAAAGAAGAGGAAGACGUAGAGGAAGAAGAGGAAGAGGUAGAAAAAGAGGAAGAGGAAGAACAAGAAGAAGACGACGUCGAAGAGAAAGGAGAAGAUUUGUUACCUUUGUUGCAAGGUUUACUACAUUUUUCAUCACCUGAAAAGGAACAAGCACAUAGUAGAAAAUCAAAUAUGUCUAAUCUUAAAAAUAGUAACAUUAGUCAUUCUAAAUCAAACAGUAAUAAAACUAGUAACACCUUAAAAACACAUACACUUAAUAGUAAUAAUUAUCCUAAUAAUAUGAAUAAUAAAAAUUAUAAUGUAAAUAAUAGCAUUUCUACGAAUAAUAACCAUGUUGAAGAUUCGGGCACAGAAAGUGGGGAAGAUUUAAAAUUACUUGCUGCCGGAUUACGUGAUUCAAUGCAGUCAAUAAAAAAUGAUACAGGUUUAAUACCAGAAGUUACAGCGGCUCUUACCCGUUUAGAAAAAUCUUUAAAAGAGGGCACAAGUGACAUUCAACUUGAUUUAAAGAGGCGUAAUGCUCUUUUAACACUUGUUAGCCGCCUACAGACUGGUUUGACCUCUCCAGAUAAAAUUAAAGAACCUACACCGGCCCCCAACCAUUUAGCAAAUAUUAGCAGCAGCAUAAACACCAAUAAUGUUGAAACAUCCUCACCAGAAGGUGAAAAUUGCAGGGGGUCGAAUCGUCAACGUUUUGCUAAAAGACGAAGUAGAGCGAAUAGACACACAGUUGGUGUAAGUAGAGAAGAAUUAGCAGAUGCACGCCGUUAUAUGGAGGAAAUGAUAUUGAUUCAGAAUUUAUCUCAUAAUGUAACGACAGAAGGUACCUCUGCUCAAUCAUCAUCCGAAAAUCAGCCUUCACAAGAACAAAAUACAGCAUAUCAAAAGGAAGUGAGUGGAGUAACUGAUCAACUUGUUACACCCAAUACUAGGGAUACGGUUCCAACAACGUUAUAUCGUCCUAACCAGUUUGUCCCCAGCAAUGCGGCUCAACAAAGUAAUUCAGUUAAAAUUGUAACCCCCGUAGUUCAAUCACAACAACCACCAGUUCAACGAAGAGAUAAGAAAUCGCAAAUAGAACCUAUCAAACGACAAAGUGCAGACUAUGAUCAAACAUCGACAAAUUUAGUUCAAAAUUCUAAACGUCCUUUAUCGGAAUCUUAUUCAUCUACAGUUGGGCAACAAAUGCUACAACAACAACAGCAGCAGCAGCGGUCGCAAUAUCAAACCGGUCUUCAAGAUCAACAACAACAAAACUACUAUCAACCCGAAUCAAACAUAUCAAAUGGGUAUCACAAUGCUGAAACGUCACAUGAUUAUAGCGAGUCACAGAAUAGAAGUUUUCAUCAAACUAACAAAACAGAAAACUUUGAACCCAGUAAUAUUCCUUUGAAUAGAUUUUCUAAUAAAAAACUCGCGAUGAAGCGGGCAAACACAAUCGAUAUUCCGAAACCAAUGAAAUACAUAAAUGAUAUGGAAUCUGAUUCUGAAGCUGAAGAUUAUGGUGUUAACUCAACAAAAUCAAUAGGGUUAAGAGGUACUGUACAAGUUAGCGUAAAUAAACCAAAAUCAUUUGUUCAAGCUUUUGAACCAAAAACAGAAAACGAUAUGAAAUUUUUAGCAUUUAUACAAAAGCAGGGACCGGCGCCUGGAUUAGCCUGGAAUAAUCCAAAUAGAACGGUCAGCAACUGGACUAGUAAAUUCGGCAAUAUAAAACAAGCAUUUGAAGCAAAAUCUUUUGAAAAUUCCUUCAGAGGGAAACCUCCAGCUGGACCCAUAUCUAGCGCUAAAAAUUUUUGGAAGAAAAAUGAAAUUCAAUUAAAUGCACCACGUGCAUCUUUCACGAGUGAUAAAAUAACUAAACAGUCUUGGUCGGACAAAACAUUUAACAGUAAAAAUUCAGCACCAAACUCGCCGCAUCAUUUUAUAACAUCACCAGUGCAUAAUUGGGCAGGAGUUAAACGAUCCACUCCAACUUCUCCAAUGACCUCAGCUCUACCCUGGGUAAGCAAAAAUCGCACGGAAAAUCGUAUUCGCAGCAAGGCGGAGAAAUAUGACAAAAAAUCGCCACCUCCAAGUAAUUUACACCGACAAACAUCUUUACAUCAUCAGGAUAAUGCAUUUGAUCAAAGAAAAAAGGAUUAUGGAACUAAUUUAACUGAUAUGAAAAGACCGUCCUUACCGGAUGCAAAUGAUCCAUAUAUUAAAAGUUCUUAUAAUGCCCAACCAACAUAUUAUGCAAGUACACCUCAUAUACAUAACAAUUCCCACAGUUACGAAUAUGAUAACCAAGCCAAUCAAAAACCAGAACCACUGAUCCAAUAUCAGAAUGCGCAGAAGUUGCAUAAAUCACAACCUGCUUUAGAAUAUAAUCCACCAAUAACUGAUCAAGACUACGGCAUUAUGCCAGUUUCAGUACCAGUUCAUAACGAAAUACAGGAAUAUACUCCAAAGUUUAGGAACCGCGAAGACUCUCUAACCAACCCUAAUGCUCAACCGUUGGUAUUAACGAGCUCUUGUCCAACUUUUGAUCCGCAAAAUACUAUUUCAGAGAAUCAUAAACCAUUAAUUCUCACAAACACUUGUUCUACUUAUGAUCCACAGAACACAAUUUCAGAAAGCCAUAAAUACCCUCUAAAAAUUUUUGAUUAUCCAAGCCCAACUACUAGUAUGGCCAGCCCAAUUAGUUAUCCACAUCAUGAUAUAACAACUGACGACGAAGUUGAUUCCGAAAUUUUAACUGAAUACAAAGUAGAAAGUAAAGUAAUGACUGGACCCGUAAGUCAGCAAGCUGUAACAGUAUCAGCAAAUAAAACACAGAGGAUUGGUGAUAAUGGUAAAAAAUCUGCAGUGGCAAAAAGUUUACUUUCUACAAUGAAAAAUAUUAAAGCUGAAGAUAGAAACAAGGGUCAAAAACAAAUUCUACCACAAAAGCAAAUACCAACACCAGAAGUAUGUCUGUCUCCCGACGGUAGAUCCUACCAAGCACCUCAAGUAGAACCAGUUUUCCCAGAACUAACCAAAGUGGAAACCAAUCGUGCUCCUGAAUAUUUAGGACAACCGUUUGCGUCGCAGACACCUUCUCAUUAUCAACAAAAUCCAGUUUAUGUUCCACCUCAAUCUAAUUUAAUUUACAAUUCAGCAGAAACAGAUUAUCAACAAACUUUGCAAUAUCAACAACAAUUGCAACAAAAUUUGUCUCAAGAGAAAAAGCAAAAAGAAUAUCAAGAACAGUUACAAAAAUUAGAGCAACAUCAAUAUGAAGAGCAUAAACAGAAGUUAGAACAAGAAAGACUGCAAAAAGAGUACGAAAAGCAUAAAAAAAUUUUAGAACAACAAAGAUUACAAAAAGAAUAUGAAGAGCAUAAAAAAUUGAUGGAACAACAAAGAUUGCAAAAAGAAUAUGAAGAGCAUAAAAAAAUGCUAGAGCAACAGAGAUUACAACAAGAAUACGAAGAGCACAAGAGACUUUUGCACCAACAACAAAUUCAAAAAGAAUACGAACAACAACAAAUAGUAGAACAGCACAAAAUUGAACUACAAAAACAGCAACAAUUAAAAAAUAUGAACUCAAACCAACAAAAAUUGCAAUCUGGCAAUCAUCAAUAUCAACCAAGUGCUUUAAAUAAUACCGCCAACGGAAAUCUGUAUCAGUACUCAGACAUACAAAAGAACUUAGAACAACAUCGUCAAAUUCAGGAAGCCUAUCCGAAACAAGAGCAACAAAACUUCCAACAAUAUAAACCUACUCCACCAGCCCGCAAGAAAUCGGCCCCUAAAGUGGAACCAACGACUCCAGUUUUAAACGCGAAAUCCACUGUACCACCUAAAUUCGGAUAUUCAGAUUUGAAACCAAUUAAAAAUUAUUCAGAUGUUUCAAACUUUGCUGAAAAAUCACAGUCAGUUUCAAAAUCUUCAAAAAUUGAAACAUUUAAUGAAAAUCAAAAACAUGAAAUUCACUCUAGCCAACAAACUACCAAACAGCAAGCUUUGAAAGCGCGCCAACGUUCUCUUGAAGAACCAACAGUUGAUGAACAACAAAAUCAAAUUAUUCUGUCUCAGAAGAAAAUUUCAUCUAAUACUGAGAUUAUUAAACAAAAGGCACAAAAGAAAAUUGCAACGCAACAAGAAAUCUAUCAGACUAACAAGAAAUUAAUAACUGAAGUACAAGAGGAAAACAAAGGAAACUUUACAAAAAUAGUUUCUCAAAAAAAUCAACAGGUUGUUGAAAAAGUUGAAUAUAAAUCGUCUCAACCAGCUGACACACCGGAUAUUGUUAAAUCUUCCCUUCCUAAAGAUGACAUACCCAUAUUGAAAAAAUUUGGCCCACCGCAAAGACAUCUUUAUACACCGAAUGCCUAUAAAACACCUAUAACAAAAUGCGAAUCUGCAUCUAAUGCGUCAAAGAUGUCAUCUACUACUACAUCAACUGGAAGAAAAAUGUCUGAACCAAGUGUUUUAGCAAAACUUCAGAAACAACAAAGUCAACCAGAGAUAAUUGAAACGCCAGCUACACCUGCUGCAGAGCAAGAAGAAAAUAUUGAGGAAAUUAUACCAAGAAAUAUAGUUUUCAAUAAUGUAGCUCAAUUUACUAAUAUGUCUCGACGGGUUAGUGAAAGUGCAAGUGAUCAACUGUUUAAUAAAAAUAUAGCAAGUGUAAAAACAAAUAAUCUAAGUAAAUCAGAUUCAUGGCAUCAAAUAUGUAUGCUGCAACACCAAACCAAACCACCAUCACCGAAAUUCGGUGAAAGUGGUGUUGGUAAUCAAUUACGUCGUACAAAGUCAGGUCACACUUUAGCUGUACCGAAAAUGUAUGAAGGUAGUAUAAAUCGUGAUGAAGUAUCGGAAAAACAGAAUAUUGUCGCUGCAUACUUCUCUGGUAAUAAAUCUCCUAAUUCAUUAUCACGUAAUUCAUCACAAACAAAUAUAACAGACAAUGAAAAAAUGUCAUUAUCUUCAUCAAUGACGUCAAGUACAUUUGUUAAAAAAUCUUCAAUUAAUCGCACACGUACUGUUGAUAAAACAUCAAUUGGCAAACAAAUGCCAUCAACUGGUUUAGUACGCAGUCAAACAAUGCCACACAUAGAUAAAUUAAAUUUAUUAGACGAAAGUAAUGUUGAAGAUGCUUUUGAACAAAUUCUCUUAGGAUCGUAGAAACGUUUAUAAAAAAACUGAAAUUAUCACCUGUCAUAUAGAAAUAAAAUACUCGAAAUCGAGAAUUAUUUUCAUUCAUUCCAGUUAAACAUUAAAUGAGAGACCUAAAAGGUUUGCUCGAAAUUAUAAAUAUUGUCUCAUCGUUGUUUAUUUGUUUGUUUGUCCGAAAAUACUCAAACGGCAUGGGAUCGAGCCUGAUCUUGAUCGAAAAACUAUUUUGUUUGUUUUAUUUUGAAAAAAAAGAAAACGAAUUACCAUGCCUAAACGUAUAACAAAAGAAACUCACAAGAUUUUUAAAAAUUGUAUUUCUAAAUUAAAACUUUAUAAUUCUCAAGUGGGAAAUUCAAUUCAAUUAAUUUUAAUUAUUAAGAGACAACCAUAUAGAUAUUUUACUUGUUAUAAUAAUUAUAAUAUCUUUAAAAAUGUGUAAUUAUAUUUGAAGUUAAACUUUAAAAUUAUUUUAAUAACCAUUUUUUUUUAACUACAAUUGUAAAACUUUUAAAAAUAAAUUUAAAAAAAAUUAAUUUAAUGUAAAUUAGUUUUUAAGAAAUAUCAUAAACUCUAUAAAAUUAAAUAUUAAACAAAAUUUUGUAAAAUAUCACAACAAAGGGACAUAUAUGGUUGCUUUAAAAAUUACUUACAAAAAAAAAUUAUAAAAAUGUUUUUGCUUGGUUGUGUUUAAAAAUUAUCAAAUAGUUAAAAAAUUUAAUGACUUUCGUACCUGCAAAAGUAAUUGCAGCAACAACAUGAAAUGUGAUGUGAAAAAAUUAAAAGCAGCUGGAAAAUUAAAAAUAAACUUAGACAUACAUCUUCUCACCAAAUCAUUUUUCCGUUCUCAGUACGCACCUUUCACACAACAUACGUUAAUUAUAAAAAUCAAAAAAUUUCUAAAUUCUUCUUUUAUUAAAUUUGUAAACGUAAUUCGAUUCGAAAUUGUAAGCAAAAUAAAAUCCAAAAAACAUUUGACAACCUUUUAUAAAUUUGAGGAAAAUUCAAUUAAAAUUUAUCGAAAUUCUACAAUGAGAGUUACAAAAACAAAAAUCAACUUACGUAAUACUCAAAAAUAUUUAUGAAAUUUGAAAUAUUACUCAUCUUCAUGUGCACAACAAGAAAAUAAUUCACAAAAUCAACGGCAACUUCCAAAUAACAAAAUAUAAAAACAAAUUAAUCGAACUUUACUGAAACAACCAAAACAGAAGAAAAAGAUGGUGCUGUCGUAACAACUACAACUAAAGUGACAACAAGAACUAUCACUGGAUCAAGUGCCGCACCAAAAGCGGUUUCACCAUUUGCAAAAUUUAAAC